UAUGCAUGUAAGGCACUCGAAUUGAUUUUUUCAACACGCAAAGGUUGUGACUUGCGAACAUGAGCACUCUAGAUGCCAAAAAGAUUGAGGAGGCAGAGUCCUGGUUAGAACAAACGGCUAGUGCCGCGAAUGAGUAUGCCAAAGCUGGUAUGUAUUUCAAGGCAGCGAGCGCGUAUCGAAGUGCCAAAUGUUUCGAUAAGAGCAAGGAUUGUUUUUUGAAGGCCAUCGACUGUUACGAAAACAACAAGUCGUGGUUCCAUGCAGCCAAGUCCUACGAGCAGAUUAUCCUGCUGGCCAAAGAAACCGACCAGCUGCCCGAAGUGGAGGACUAUGCCAAUAGGGCCUGCUGUCUCUACCAGCAACAUGGCUCACCGGAAGCUGCAGCGGCUGCUCUGGACAAAGCCGCCAAGAUGACGGAAUCCAAGCAUCCUGAGCUGGCAUUGGGAUUCUACAAACGCGCCUUGGCAGUCGUCUCGAUUGCGGAAUCCACUCACCAGGCAGCCGAAUUUGCAUCGAAGGUUUCCAGGAUAUUGGUCAGGCUCAAGAAAUACGAAGAGGCCGGCAAGGCCCUCAAAAAGGAAAUAAGCCUUAAUCUGCAAACAAAGUCCUUUGGACAAGUUGGCCGUUUGGUAGUGGCCUUGAUUCUGGUACAAUUGACACUGCAGGAUUUCUCGGAUGCCAAGAAGUCCUUCAAGAAAUGGGGUGGCCGUUGUGAUCCCCAGGAGGUGAACACACUACAAAACCUACUCCAAGCUUUCGACGACGAGGAUGCCGAGCUGGCCGCCAAGAUGCUGGCCUCUCCAUUCAUAAGACACAUGGACGUGGAGUACGCACUUUUAUCCAAGGAUGUGCCUUUACCACAAGGAAGUGGACGGAUGGCCAAAAAUGGCGGCGACAAUGCUGGAAACUAAGGAGCUUUACAAAAUGUAGUUUAUAAAUGUUGUAGUAGUUUUAUUCUUGUUGAUCAGGUGAAAAAGUUUCAUACAUGUAGGUACACUGUUAAAAAUAUACAAAAAUAUAAAGUGUUAACUUAGAAAACGCAUCAGGGGAACUUUUCGUGAUUUAAAAAGGCUUUCCACAGUUUUUAUACGAAACAUAUCUUUUACCCUUGAAUUUAUUGUUACUAAAUCUUUUACACUACCUUAUAUGCAUUUUACACAUAUUUUCUACAUAUCCCUAAAAUUGUGCUUAUAUUUUUUGAACAUCGAGUUCUAUUCGAAACUAUAUUCGCUUAAUAAUAUGCAACGUUUUGGGUCUCAUAUAGUUUACAAAUUAAACACAAAUGUUUUCAAAAUUUGAAUUAACUAAUAAAGGCAGAAAUAUAUCGACCAAUCUUUAAGGAAUGUGUUUUUUAUUCUAUGAACUUGAGCUUGAGUUCGGUCCAACUUAAUCAGGCACCCAGCUUAACAGUAAGCCCUAAUUGUAUUUUAAGUUAACAAUGGGCUUAGUUGACUUUAGAUUGUUUAGAACCCUUAGCCGUGCUUGUAUCUGCAGCAGAUAAGAUACAGUUCAGUUCGUGUGUAUAAUUAGCCGGGCCAUCAAUAAACUUAUCCACUGGACACUCGCUCCAAUCGCAGUGUCAUUUCGCAACGAACAAUCGUGAUGAAGUGUGGCCGGCAAUAAGCGAAAUCAAAUUGCAUGGCCCGCUGUUAGCGUAGUUGAUUUAUUUAGAGUCCAUCCAAUAUCAAUUAGCGCUAUCAGGCAGCGCAAUUGGUCAGUCGACGCUUUGCAGUUAUCAGUGAUUUCUGAAUACAAUGCGGUGAUAAA